UACUACUCCACAUUACAACGAACCCUAGCAAAGCAACAAAUCAAGAGCUGCUAGCAGCUUGUUCCACCUCCUCCAUUCCAAUUGACAAGUCCCUUCGAUCGCCUCUCCUCCACACAGCUGAUCUCACAAGCUGAGGCGAUCAUCCAUGUCGGGGCCAACGUGCGGCGUGUGCGGCACGGCUGCCUGCUGCCCGCACCACUUGCACGCCGGCGCAGACCUCAACAGCCGAGCCUUCUCCAUCUUCCCCAUCGUCGUUCAUGAUCAGGCCGGUAUGCAGCCGCCGGGGAGCCUGCACGAGUUCGAGUUCUUUGGCCACGAGGACCAUGAAAGCGUUGCCUGGCUCUUCGACGACGACCCGCCGCUGGCCGUCGGUGGUAAUGACCGGUCCCCAGUUGAGAACCACCGUCACCAGAGGCCAUCGACGUUUGACCCGUUUAGGCCGCAAUACCAACCUGGGAACGGGCUCACCUUCGAGGUGUCGCUUGGCCAAGGAGAGGUGGACGCUGGCCUGGGCCUCGGCAGCGGUGCCCGGCACAUGGUGACGGCGGCAAGCGCCACCAUCAUGUCAUUCUGUGGGAGCACAUUCACGGACUCUGCGAGCUCGAGGCCAAAGGAGCCGAUCCUGAUCGAUAGUCUGCUGCAAAGGCCAGUAGAUCCAGCAGCGGUAGAGAGGGAGGCAAAGGUGAUGAGGUACAAGGAGAAGAAGAAGAGGAGGCGCUAUGAAAAACAGAUCCGGUACGCGUCCAGGAAAGCCUACGCGGAGAUGAGGCCUCGAGUGAAAGGCCGCUUCGCCAAGGUACCCGAUGUUAAUGUUAAACUUGUUGUCGGUUGAACCUUGCACAUUGCCUUUGUUUGUUUGAUGUUCGACGGCGUAUUAGAUACGUACGUCAGGAUGUAGUCCUAGUGUGGUGCAUGGAUUUGCAUGUA